AUGGAGGAGGCAGAAGAGGAUGACAUGACAUGUGGAGACUUGGGAAACGGACUUGGGAGAAGGCCUGGAGGUGUUUACGAAGAGGAACAUUUGCAAAACUUCUAUUCACUUAGAUCUAGGAAGGGAACCGGAAAGGUUCGUAAUUCUCCUUUGUCAGCAAAGAGACUGGAAGAAAGUGAUGCUGCAGCUCUUCCUGGUUCAAAGCACAACAGCUUUUACGAUGGAUCAUCCGAAAAGCCUGUUACUAGUUCAACCCGACAAAAUAGCUGUGAAUCUAAUACUGAAGUGUCAAAUGAAGAACUAAAGCAACAACUUCAAGAAGCUCUAGAGGAAAUUGAAAUAUUGAAAGUUGAGCUUGAAGCGUCACAAAGACAGCUUGAAGGAAAAGAUGAAGCCCUAAGACUUCUGCAGAGCAUGGCAGUAUUUAAUAAAGCUACUAGUCAUACAAAAGCAAUGCUUCAAAAAACUGAGGAAGAAAAGAGAACUUUAGAAAAGGAAAUAAAUAUUUUGCAAUGGGAAAUUGAAUUUGAUCAGGAUAGAUUUAAAAACAUAGAAGACACGUGGACAGAAAAAUAUGACAGGAUAUCUUGUGAAAAUGCAGCUCUUAAGGAAGCAUUGAAGCUGAGAACAGAAGAAGUUAAAACUCUUAAAGCUGAAAAUGCAAUCCUGAAUCAGCAGUGCUUGGAAUUUCUUGCAAUGCUAGAUGUGAAACAACAGAAGGUUGUUCAGGAAAACAUGUCCUUGAAUAAAGGUGACAUUACAGAUUUUACAGGUCUUGAACUGGCAGUUCUUGGAGCCUGCACCUGCAAUACUUCUGGCGGCCAACCUUGUCCUUGUGCUAAAAUGGCAGCUGUAACUCGAAAGCAAGUUCUUCAUCUCAAGCAAGAGACUGAAAAUCUGAAGAAGAGUAAAGAUGAAGCUUAUAUAAUGGCAGAUGCCUUCAGAAUUGCAUUUGAGCAGCAGCUAAUGCAGAGGAAGGACCAAGCCCUGAGGCUUGCAGAAGUGAUAAAGAUUAAGAAAGAAACGAAAUUCAUAAACUGGAGACGUCUGAAAGACGAUGGACAUGUCAAGUUACAAUGGAACAAGAACAGUCUGGGACAAAAACUAUCCAGCCUGCUGUCAUCAGAUGCAGACUGCAGGAAAGUUGAAAAGCUCGACCAUCCUCACGAAAUCCUGAAGAUGUUAAUAGAUUUGGUAAAUGACAAAGAGGAGGCUUUAGCUCAUCAAAGAAAGGUUAGUUACAUGCUGUCUCGCGCAAUAGAGACCAAAGAGGAUGUUUUGGAACGGGAUAAAGGAAAUGGCACGCUGGGGAGUUGUCAGUACAAAGCCCAGGGGUCAUCGGGCCCCGUACACGCCUGCUGCCAAAACCUCCAUUCUCAAAACAGUAUGUCUUCAGUUCCCAGUGCAAAAACAUUUGAAAAUCCAGUAAAAAUGCUUCGAAAAUCACACUCCUGGCCAUCAGAGGCUAUGUAUUGUGAAGGAAAGAAUCGACGUGGAAAAGUGGAUGAAACUCUGUGA